GCUCUGGAGCGGUAGCGGAGGGCUGCAGCUAAGGACGGCUGGUGGCCCUGUGUGCCGGCCUAGGGGCCCUGCCGCCUGACCUUUGCCCGAGGAGCCACGCCCCUCGCCCAGCGCGGGCGCCGCGCGGCGGAUGGUUCCUGCCGGGCGCUCAGUCUUCUCCCCUGCAUCAGUCGUGAGCGGUUUGUCCGUCUGUUCGUUGUCAUUCUACUAGGUAGGGGCUCGGCAUCUGGCCUGCUGGCUCCCCAUGGAAGACCCAGGCCCCCCGGCUGUGGACAAAGAUGGCAAGUGCCUGUCUGGCAGUGUCUCUGUGCCUGCGCCUGCCAAGGGUCUGUCUGCACAGGCUGCCUCUGAUCCCAGCAAGCCACUCUCGGCCCAAAGACACCUGAGCAGGAAGGAUGGGCUCUCCAGGCUCUGCCAGAGCAGGAUGACGCUCUCGGAAGACAGAUGGAGCUCCUACUGCCUCUCAUCCCUGGCCGCCCAGAACAUCUGUACCAGCAGACUGCGCUGCCCCACGGAGCCCGAGGAUGGGGACCUGGCUGCACCCCUGGGCAGUGCAUCCUGCUGCUCCCUGCUGCGUGGCUUGCCUUUGGGGUGCUCUGUGCACCUGCUUCCAGCCCCUGUGUCCAACCCCAACAAGGCCAUCUUCACCGUGGACGCCAAGACCACAGAGAUCCUGGUUGUUAACGACAAGGCCUGCGGGCUCCUGGGGUACAGCAGCCAUGACCUGAUCGGCCAGAAGCUGGUGCAGUUCUUCCUGCAGCCAGACUCCGAGGUGGCGGAAGCCCUCAGUGAGGAGCACGUGGAGGCCGAUGGCUAUGCCACGGUUGUGUUCGGCACAGUGGUAGAUAUCGUCAGUCGCAGUGGGGAGAAGACUCCAGUCUCGGUGUGGAUGAAGAGGGUGCAGCAGGAGCGUGGCCUGUGUUGUGUGGUGGUCCUGGAGCCCGUGGAGAGGAUCUCGGCCUGGGUCGCCUUCCAGAGUGAGGGAACCAUCACAUCCUGUGACGAUCUCUUCGCUCAUCUCCAUGGGUUUUCGUCUGGGGAGGACGUGGUUGGGCAGCACAUCAUAGACUUGAUCCCGUCCUUGCAGGUCCCUCCUCCUGGCCAGCCUGUCCCAGAGAACCUGGAGAUUCAGAGGUCUGUUGGGAGAGCCAGGGAUGGCACCACCUUCCCUCUGAGCCUGAAGCUGAAACCCAAGUGCGGCGGGGAGGUGGCCGAGGGUGAGGUGGCUCCCAGGCAGGGCUACUGGGCAUCCGUGUGGGUGUUCUGCACCAUCAGCGGCCUCGUCACGCUCCUGCCGGAUGGCACCAUCUAUGGCAUCAACCACAGCUUUGCACUGAUGCUGUUUGGCUACGGGAGAACCGAGCUGUUGGGCAAGAACAUCACCUUCCUGAUUCCUGCCUUCUACCAUUACAUGGACCUUGCCUGCGACAGCUCUCUGCAGCAGCCUGACCUUACCAGCUGCCCAGACGUCGGCAGUGAGAACGGGUGUGGGGAGAUGAGCUCCGACCCCUGCCAGUAUCCGAAGGUCGGUCUGGUGCUUGCUAGCGAUCAUGCCCUGCCGCAAGACGAAACCCUGAAGCUGGGGGGAAGCCAAGAAGUCUCUGGUGGAAUGCAGAUGGAGCUGGAAACUGGACGCUGUCUCCCAGCCGCCCGCUCCCUGCAGCCCUCGCCAGGGACCUUACGCUUACAAGGCAGGGCAGACAGUGUCCCGGAGUGGCACUCCCUGACCCAGGACGAACGAUCGUUGGCUACAGACCAGCAAAGUAUCCCAGAGGGGCAUGUGCCUGCCCAGGAGAAGCAGUCACUGUCUGAGAACCAGCAGGAUGUCUCAGAGGAGAGCCCGCCCCCUCAUGGAGAGUGGGGGUUGCCUGAGGACCUGCAGGACAGUGAAGAGGGAAGCCCUGCAGCCCACAGUGCAUGGUCACUGCUCACGGACCAGCAGGUCAUUGCUUCGGGGAGGGCAGAGCUGGUAGCAGCACAGACCCCCAUGCAGGGCCUUUUGGGAGAAAGCAGGUCUGGAUCAGUGGACACAAAAUCAUUUGUUUCCUGUGAAGACGCUGGUCCUCUAGUCCCAGCUGAGGACAGGAGCAGUGGUUUCAGAAUGUGGGGCCUCCAUCAGGAGGCUCAGCGGGCACUGACGGGUGCCAGCAGUGCCAGCCCUCAGGCCAAUGCCACCAUACCCAAGCCCCAUGGUGCAGGGCAGCCAGCAGGAGGGGGGCUCCUGACCUGCCCCCACUACAGGAGCGAGUGGCUCCUACAGCAACCAAAUCCAGACUUGGCACCCAGCCCCCCAGGGGUGGCCUGUGUCUCGUUCGGGACACCUACCCUGGAUGAGCCGGGGCCGGGAGGGAGAGCUGACCAUGAAGAGCUGCAGGUAUGCUUGGUGAAGGAGCAGCUGUCCAGGUUGAGUUUUGAGGGAGCUUGGGGCAUCUCCUGCCUGGAGCCUGUCCUCACAGGGGACUGGCCCUACAGUGCUCCCCUGUCCUGUGAUCUGGGGGGCAGAGACCUGCAUGGCAGCCACCUGGGCGGCUCCCCGGCGUGCUACGCUUUGGCCACUGACCUCCCCAGUGUCCCGGAGGCGGCGGAAGCCUGGGAGGCCGCUAUGAACUCCUGCUCCUGGAGCCUUAGGGAGCUCCUGCUCCGUGAUGAGAUGGACGGAACUUCCUCCAAUUGUUCCUGCGCCACGUCUGAACUUGAGGGGACACCCUCUCCCUCAGCAGUGCACUCUGAUUUUGAUGUAGAUGUGCUCCACAGGCAGAGGCCAGAUGGUCUGGGUGACCGGGAACGGUUUCUGCUGACUGGAACCUAUUUUGACCUUGGCGAAGGUGGAGGACCCCAUGAGAGCUGCCCAGAGCACAGGCCGACAGAACCGCCUGAGCUUUAUUUGUCCCCUGAACGUUGUGAAGCCAGUGACACAGAAAGCCCCGACCGUGGCCUUCCUACUAUGGACACCAGCCUAGAGGAUGCACACCCGUCUGCAGAGGACCCAAGGCCGGAUGCCUGGGUCACCUCUACCCCUGUGACGCCUGGGGCUGCCAGCCUAUGUCUAGAGAUCCAGGAGGGCACCUACUCGGGGAGCUGCUACCACCGAGAUGGCUUGCGGCUGAGCAUUCACUUUGAGGUGAAGCGGGUGGAGCUCCAGGGCCCCUCGAGCCUAUUCUGCUGCUGGCUGGUGAAGGACCUCCUGCACAGCCACCGAGACUCGGCCACCAGGACCCGCCUGCUGCUCGCCAGCCUGGCCAGCUCCACCCACUCCAUGCCCGAGCCCCCAGGACCCAGCCUUGGGGAGGUGCUCAGAGCCAAGACCAGGCCCGAGGAGGCCCCCUUACCUGUGGAGCUGGAGGGGCUGGCGGCCUGCGAGGGCGAGUACUCGCACAAGUACAGCACCCUGUGCCCGCUGGGCAGUGGGGCCUUCGGCUUCGUGUGGACCGCUAUACACAAGGAUCGAAACAAGGAGGUGCUGCGACUCCCAGAGGGAGCGACCCCUGCUGUGGUGGUGAAGUUUAUUAAGAAGGAGAAGGUUUUGGAGGAAUGUUGGAUUGAGGACCCCAAACUUGGAAAAGUCACUUUAGAGAUUGCAAUUCUGUCCAGUGUGGAGCAUUCCAAUAUCAUCAAGGUAGUGGAUGUGUUUGAAAACCAAGGAUUCUUCCAGCUGGUGAUGGAGAAGCACGGCUCUGGCCUGGACCUCUUUGCUUUCAUUGACCAACACCCCAGCCUGGACGAGCCCCUGGCCAGCUACAUCUUCCGACAGCUGGUGUCGGCAGUCGGGUACCUGCACUCACAAGGCAUCAUUCAUCGGGACAUCAAGGACGAGAACAUCGUGAUCGCUGAGGACUUCACAAUCAAGCUGAUAGACUUUGGCUCAGCUGCCUACUUGGAAAGGGGCAAAUUAUUUCACACUUUCUGUGGCACAAUCGAGUACUGCGCCCCCGAAGUGCUCAUGGGGAACCCUUACAGAGGGCCGGAGCUGGAGAUGUGGUCUCUGGGUGUCACACUGUAUACGCUGAUCUUCCAGGAGAACCCCUUCUGUGAGGUGGAGGAGACCGUGCAGGCCACCAUCCACCCCCCGUACCUGGUGUCCCAGGAACUCACGAGCCUUGUGUGUGGGCUGUUGCAGCCUGCCCCUGAGCAGCGCACCACCUUGGAGAAGCUGAUGACAGACCCGUGGGUGACGCAGCCUGUCAACCUUGCUGAAUAUACCUGGGAGGAGGUGUACAGAACUAACAAGCCAGAGGGCAGCCUGCUGUCAACUGGGAGUCUGGAGCUGCGGACAGGCAGCAGGAGCCUGAGCGAAGCGGCCGGGGAUAGGAGGCUCCACGGGCCCCCUGGGCCUGCGGAGGCUCCCAGUGGUCAGUGCUGUUCAGGUCCUGAGGACCCCUCUCCACUGGUCAGCUGAACUGGUGCUUCCUGCUGCCCAUCUCCACUCAGUUCAUGGAUUUCCGGCCUCUUCCACUUGGAGAAAGUAAAUUCUUAACACCUGGUCCCCUUCACCACCUAUAAACCCAGGUGCAAGUUUGGUACAUGCUACAGCGAAAGCCAGCGGUACUAUAUUUCUUAAAGGUUAUAAAAUGGACUUGGAAUUCAUGUUUUUUUGCGACUUUGCAAAGCAUUCUAGGUUAUAAUUACUUUAUACUACUAAAAGGCUUUUGAUUUGUGAGCCUCUGGAAGGAAGAGUUUUAUUCUUUCUGUUUUUACCUAUAUACAUAGGUUUUAGGGUAGCCAAAUGACCAGACUAUUUCAUUAACUGAUUUCUUUGAACAGUUUCCAAAUUAAAGCAACUUUGUGAAUAAACUGUUAUGGAGCCUGGGAUCAUAAAUUGUCCCACCUUGCUCAGUGUGAGAAGCCCCUGGUUUCUUUAUUUUUGCAUUUGUGCACCCUCCUUCCCACAGCGAGAGAGAAAUGCAGUCUCAUUCAGCACGGGGAUCCCUCCUCCAGGGGCUGUACCAGAGAUGGGCUGGGGACUCUCAAGCAUCUCCUUCUCAGAGGACUUGGGGUGCGGUGUUCUCAGUCCUCCACACACAGCCGGGCAGGCCCUGGGCUGCCAGCUGUCUGCUGUCUGUGAGACUGCUCUCCACCCAGCACUGUCACCCCAUGACAGCUGGCCUGGCCCAUAUCCCUGUCUGCAUGACAUUUUUGUUUCAGAAUUCCUGAGUUUUCUGGUAUUCAAACUCUUAUUUUCAAGAAUGAAAUAAACAUUUUUCUUUUGGUGUU